CGUCGAAGUUCGGGUUCGGAGGGUUCGGACAGGUUCGGAGUUCGGAGCUGUCGAUCGUCGAUCAAGUGACACGUGCUUUUCGAUAAUACUUGAAAUUUAUCAUUCUUUUUUUUACUUUUUUUGUUAUUGGAUAAUUUAACUACCCAAUCAAUUUUUGGUGAAUCAAAAAAUUGUGGCUUUUUAUUUUCAAAUAUGGAGCUUAUGGAAAAUAUUGAAGAACCUCUGCAGAAUACUGCUCGAGUGCUGUGUUGUCGAUGUGGAAUUGUAAUAGAGCCAAAUCCAGCCAAUAUGUGCGUGGCUUGUCUUCGCUCGGAAGUGGACAUUACUGAAGGAAUUCCAAAGCAAGCAACUCUGCACUUCUGCCGUGGUUGUGAGAGAUAUUUGCAACCACCUGCCGAAUGGAUUCAUGCUGCUUUGGAAUCUCGUGAACUUCUAUCCUUAUGUUUGAAGAAACUCAAAGGACUCCAACGUGUGAAACUCAUAGAUGCGGGUUUUAUAUGGACAGAACCACAUUCUAAAAGACUCAGAGUCAAACUCACCGUUCAUGCAGAGGUCGCCGGUGGCACAGUUUUGCAACAAGUAUUUGUUGUUGAGUAUAUUGUUAAUAAUCAAAUGUGCGACGAUUGUCAUCGUACGGAAGCUAACGACUAUUGGCGUGCAUCGGUUCAAGUCCGACAAAAAUCAAUUAACAAAAAGACAUUCUACUACUUGGAACAACUUAUAUUAAAGUAUAAAGCACACGCACAGACACUUGGUAUCAAGCCCAUUCAUGAUGGUAUCGAUUUCUUCUAUGCAAAUGAGGCUGCAGCAAGAAAAAUGAUUGAUUUUCUAACAGCUGUUCUACCAUGCAGAUAUCAGCAUUCCAAGAAAUUGAUAUCUCACGAUAUACACAGCAAUGUUUACAGUUAUAAAUUCACAUUCAGCGUUGAGAUUGUACCAAUUUCUAAAGACAGCAUCGUCUGUCUACCAAAAAAAUUAACUCAUCAACUCGGCGGUUUGAAUCCAAUAGCUCUCGUCUACAAAACUACAAAUUCACUCCACUUGAUGGAUGUUUCGACAGGCCAAAUUGCCGAAGUCAGUGGAACUCUUUAUUGGCGACAUCCAUUUAACAGUAUCUGCAAUCCUAAACAACUCACAGAAUACGUCGUAAUGGACAUAGAACCUAUACAGAAUAAGGAUCGAAAAGUUUUUCCUGGUCAAGGCGCGAUUUCGACGAAACACGUGAUUGCUGACGUCUGGCUGGUGAAAGCCUCUGAGUUGGGAGUCUCGGAUAAUCAGAUUCACGCCCGCACACAUUUGGGUCACAUUUUGAAGCCUGGAGAUUCCGCUCUGGGGUACGCUCUCGGGGAUAGUAACAUCAAUGAUGCCAAUUACGACAAAUUGGAUCAAGACUCAGUUCCUGAUAUUAUUCUGGUGAAGAAAUUCUAUGGACACGAUAAAUCUGCACGUCGACGAGCAAGAAUGUGGAAACUCAAACGUCUUGCGGAGGACGUCGUUAGCUUGAGCACCGAGAACAACGAGUACAACGAAUUCCUCGAUGAAUUGGAGGAAGAUCCAGAAAUGCGACAGAACAUAAAUAUCUUCAGAGAUUCGAGUAAACAAAUGCCGAUCGAUAGGAGCGAAGUGGAUCCAAAUAUGCCGCAAAUAACACUCGAGGAAAUGCUCGAGGAUCUCGUGAUCGAUGACACCGAAAUGGCUGAAGUUUACGAGUGAUUUUUGUUCCAUAAAUCCACACACAAAUGACGCAACGCGUUUCUACCCUCCUUUCAUUUUAUCAAUAAAGAUAAAAAAAUGUGAGGAAAAAUG